AUGUUACGAGCCCUAGCACUACAGCACUUAGUGUGGCUUUCUAUCCUCUUCCAACUCUCUCUCGCCCUCCCGUGGCACACCAACUAUGCCCUUACUGUGAUCAAAAACGUGACCCAGCCACAAACCUUUGAAAAUAUUGCAACCAGACACAAUGGCCAGCUUCUUUUGACCUCAACCGUCUCCCCCAAAGUCUAUCAGGUUGACCCAUUUCGUCAGCGCGCCAUGAAAGCCAUCGUUGAUAUCCCUCAUACGGCUGGAUUGUUUGGUAUUGCAGAAUUGGAAGAGGAUAUCUUUUAUGUGAUAAGCGCAAAUAUGACCGGCGUUCAAGGUAUCCCUAACUCCAAUUUUGUCUGGAAGUUUGACGUGCGUGACCGCCGGACGGAAAGGGCACCAAUUUCACCAUCAAUCGUGGCCAAUGUAUCCGAUGCACAAUUGAUGAAUGGAAUGUCUCGCUUGGCAGGCAAUGACACAACGUCACUCUUGAUUAGCGAUUCACAGGCUGGGAGAAUAUACAAAUUGGACGUGAGCACCGGCUCACACCGAACAAUCAGCGAUGACGACUCCCUCAAGUCCUCCCCCACAGGCUUACAAAUUGGCGUGAAUGGAAUUCAUGUGCGAGGUUCACACUUGUUCUUCACCAACUUCAAUAAGCGCAUAUUUGGUCGGAUCCCUAUCUCCCUGUCCACUGGAUUCCCCACUGGCCCUGUGGAGGUUAUUGUCAAUGGUGUCCAAGGCGAUGAUUUUGCCGUUUCUGCAGAUGGGAAAACUGCAUGGAUUGCUUUGAACUCUCAAAGCACUCUACUCGAAGUCGAUAUUUCUGGAAAAAGCGCGCGGGUUGUUGUCGAGUCGCCGUAUUUGGAAUCAGCAUCUUCUGUGUCGGUAGGUCGAACUCUGUUCGAUCGGGAUAGUCUUUACGUUUCCUCUGCAGGGCCGUUCAAUGCGGUUUCUGGUACUAAUACUACGAUAACUGGUGGUAUUGUCGCUCGGGUAGAUCUUCCAAAGGUUAAAUGA